AUGGCACCCGUCGGCGCCCUGCUCUGGCGCUCUCUCAGAGCAUACCAGAUCUACGGCGCCAAUACCGACGUCGGAAAGACGAUUUUCUCCACGGUUUUGUGCAACGCGGCCCGCAAGCUGUGGCCGAAUGAGCAGACGUCCUUCCUGAAGCCCGUCUCGACGGGCCCGUUGUCUGAAGCCGAUGAUGCGCACAUCGGGAGGUUCACGACCGGAGUCAACAAGACGACGCUGUUUCAGUUUGAGAUCCCCGCGAGUCCACAUCUCGCCGCUCAGGUGUCGAAACAGCCAACACCGUCCGAUGGAGAAGUUUUGAAGAAGUUGUACGACUGCGCGUCCCGCACCGUCGCCGAAGGGCCCGGGUGGCUUUUCGUCGAAACGGCCGGCGGCGUGCACUCGCCGGCUCCGUCCGGGACCCCGCAGGCCGACCUCUACGCCCCACUCCGGAUCCCCGUCGUUUUCAUCGGCGACUCGAAACUCGGCGGCAUCUCGCAGACCAUCUCCGCGUUCGAGUCGCUCAAGCUCCGCGGCUACGACGUCGAAUCGAUUCUCCUCUUCCGUGACGACCAGUACCAGAAUUACUCCUACCUGACCGACUACUUCGCCAAAGGACACGGCAUCCCCGUCACCUCCGUCGAGCAGCCCCCGGCCCGCGCCGAGGACGCCGCGGUCGACGCGAAAGCGCUGUCUCAGUACUACGACGAGGUGAGCUCCGGCGGAGUGAUCAAGGACACCCUGCGACACCUGCACGACCGCCACCUCGCCCGCAUCUCGCGCCUCGAGUCCAUGUCCCGCGACGCGCACGACAUCAUCUGGUACCCCUUCACGCAGCACAAGAACCUGACCCCCGAGAAGAUCACGGCCAUCGACUCCGCCCACGGCGACAACUUCCAGACCCUGGUCCCGCAGAGCCGGAGCACGCCGGAUGACCAGGCCCUGCUGCAACCCUCCUUCGACGGGUCGUCGUCGUGGUGGACGCAGGGCCUGGGCCACGCGAACCCGAAGCUGACGCUCGCGGCGUCGUACGCCGCCGGCCGCUACGGACACGUCAUGUUCGCCUCGGCGGUCCACGAGCCCGCCCUGGCCCUCGCCGAGAAUCUCCUCGUGGGGCUGCGGAACCCGCGCCUGUCUCGCGUCUUUUACUCCGACAACGGCAGUACCGGCAUGGAGGUCGCCGUCAAGAUGGGGCUGCGAGCCGCGAGGGUGCGGUACGGCUGGGAAGCCAGCGACAGGCUUGAGAUACUCGGUCUGAAGGGCAGCUAUCACGGCGAUACGAUGGGCGCCAUGGACUCGACGGAGCCGUCGGUCUUCAACGAGAAGGUCGAGUGGUACGAGGGUAAGGGCUUUUGGUUUGACUACCCCUUUGUUAUGUGCAAAGAUGGCGAGUGGGAAGUCCAGAUUCCCGAGGUUUUGAGAAAGGACCUGGGUAAUGGCCAAAAGUUCAGCACCUUGUCUGAAGUCUUCGACGUCACUGGCAGGGAGCAAGCAGAUCAGCAGAAAGCCUACGAGACGUACAUUGUCAAGGUCCUGGAACGUCUUCGGGACCAGGGCCGCAAGUUUGGUGCUCUGGUGAUGGAACCCGUUAUCCUUGGAGCUGGCGGCAUGAUUAUGGCAGACCCGCUCUUCCAACGCACUCUCGUCAAGGUUGUACGGAAACAUCCGGAGCUGUUCGGCACCGCAACUGGGUCUGCCUCCUCAAUCGAUGCGGACGUCAACACUUGGAGCGGUCUCCCCGUCGUCUUCGACGAGGUCUUCACGGGUCUCACUCGCCUAGGCCGCUUCUCUGCCGCCUCUUUCCUCGACGUCGACCCGGACGUGAUCUGCAACGCCAAGCUACUCACCGGUGGCCUCGUGCCGCUAUGCACCACAUCAGCGUCCGACAGCAUCUUCCGAGCCUUCGAGAGCGACGAGAAGAGUGAUGCCCUUCUACACGGCCACAGCUACACCGCUCACGCCGUCGGUUGCCAGGUCGCCAUCGAGUCGCUGAAGGAGCUGCAGCGGAUGGACAAGCAGGGUGAAUGGGACUGGGCGAAGAACAGCGAGUGGACUAACAAAGCACCCGCUGCCACCGGCGCUCUUGGUCAGGAUAUUGCGGUGUGGUCUGUAUGGUCUCGGCCGUUCGUUGACUGGGUCUCCAGACAGAGCGGUCGGGUUGCGGGAGUCUGGGCUUUGGGCUCGGUUCUGGCCAUCCACAUGGAAGACAGUGAGGGUGCUGGGUACUCGAGCAAUGCUGCUGCGGAUGUGCAAAGUACGCUGCUCCAGGGGGGUGUUGGUGAUGGUGGUGAGCGAUGGAACGUCCACAGCCGUGUGCUUGGAAACGUUCUCUACGUUAUGACCAGUCAGACUACGAAACAGACGGAUGUGGAGAGACUGGAGAGUCUGCUUCGGAAGGCUUUGAACUGA